AUGGCCUCCACCGCCAUGAAGCGUAAGGUUAUCGAUCUGGAGAAGACCUUUCAUACCACAACUGGCUUCUCCAGUCCAGGCUACAAAAAACUCUAUGGCGCUGCCGCCUGCCAAAGCCGUCAGGUCAGCAUUCUGCAUGAUGUCCUAGGCAAGCACAAGUACAAUGCCAUCAUCGUCUGUUCUUGGGUUGAAAGAGGAGUUCAGUCAGCCUUGGAGCAGCUCUGUGAGACACACCCCGUCAUCUAUGUGCUACGAGAUCCAGAGGCUAUCCAGAAUCAUCUAAAGCUCUGCAGCACUCAAAAAGCCCGCGACAUUUUGGAUGCGAGCAGCACUGUGUUCAGAAGAUGUACUCGCUUUGAGUUCUUCAACAUGUCCGAAGAACCAUCCAUCUCUGGCCAGGCCAUAGACGCUCGUCUUCCCUCACCAACCAACGACCCAGACAGACCGAUAGCGCCAUACCUCACACUUAAACGAGCCGAGAGGCACUUUCUCAAGUUCUUAUCGCUCAUACUUCCCUGCGGGGCCAUCCCUUUUAUUGAAUCAGCUUUUCCUCUGGCAACCGUCCCGGCCGAGGAGAGGGAGUUCACAUACGCCAUCUCUCUUUCUCUGUCAACGCUUCUCGAAAAAAAUGUUGAUGUUCAGGAGAUCGAGACUGGCGCAGAUGCCAUAGAAGUCGUGGUAGAUGACCUCGUAACUGGCUGUGCGAGCCCUCUACAAUCUCUCGCUCUCCUUAGUCCUCAGCGUGCCAGUCAGAUAAGCCGUGUUCUCGCUCAAAUACGCCGGGACACUGUUAUCCCUAUCCUCCUUCAUGUGGUCUUUCCCGAAGCAGCGUUGACCAAUGACUUUUGGCGAACGUUAUACAUUUCGUAUCUUUGCCAUGGGUUGCGACUUGCCCCUGAUUACAUCACCCUUGAUCUACGACUCAACACGUCGUUUCUCGUUGAAAUCCUUUCCACCAAGGGAACGUGUAAAGUUAUCGGUAACCUCCAGCUGGUAGACCCUGACCCACCUCCAUGGAACGAUUCCUCUUGGAGAUUCUACUACGAAAAGGCGCAGGCAGUCGGUUGUGAUCUGGUCAGGUUCACGAGAAAAGCUCGCAACGCUGCUGAGAACUUUGACGUUCGUUUGGUUCAGCAAUUGGCAGACUCAACAUCCGGACCGAGACUUCCAAUAAUCGCCUACAAUACCGGCGCUCUAGGACGAUGGUCGGCCUGCUUCAACAGAAUUCUCACAUCAGUCAACCCAUACGAAUAUCGAAACGGCAAGCCCCUGGCGCACGCAGAAAGCAACAUCCCCAUCGGCCCAACAUUGACGGCUUUCGAAGCAACUCAAGCCCUCUAUUCUUCCUUUUACUACGAGCCCAUGAGAUUGUACGUCUUCGGCGCAAAUGUCAGCUACAGUUUGUCUCCUGCCAUGCACAAUGCGGCUCUGAAGGCCUGCGGCAUCCCACACCGUUACGAGCCGUACUCUACAGGCAACAUUGCGAGCAUACAACAACUUGUGAACGAUCCCCAUUUUGCUGGAGCAUCUGUCGGCUUACCGUUCAAAGUUGAAAUCAUCAGCUUGACCCAUACUCUGAGCCGGCAUGCAAAAGCCAUUGGAGCCGUUAACACAUUGAUCCCAGUGAGAGAUCUAAACCCAGAUGGAAGCAUUCCAGAAGAUGGCCUGCUUUCCAAUGAACGGAAUCGAGCCGGCCCGGUCAAGGCUCUCUAUGGAGAGAAUACAGACUGGAUCGGCAUCCGGGCCUGCAUCCGCCGCGGACUAUCUCCAGCAAACGCUGUCCGUCCAACGAGCACCGGUUUGGUUAUCGGUGCCGGUGGCAUGGCUAGAGCUGCCGUAUAUGCCAUGCUGCAACUCGGAGUCAAGCAUAUUUUCAUUCUCAACAGGACGCUUGCCAAUGCCCAAAAGCUUGUCUCCCACUUUGAGACUCUGCUCUCUCGGAAUGGGCUGCCGCUAUUCAGCACCGGGUCUGACACUGACCAACGAACAACAUUUCAUAUCAUCAAGUCCCGGGAUGAUCCUUGGCCCGAAGGCUACAAGCUCCCUACCAUGAUCGUCUCUUGCAUCCCGACACACAGCGUUGGAGGUAAUCCAGCGCCAAACUUCACGCUUCCCGAAGGCUGGCUGGGUAGCCCCACGGGCGGCGUUGUGCUGGAGCUGGAAUACAAGACUCUCGACUCGCCGCUGCUGGAACAGGUCCGCAAGGAAGCUCACAGAGGCUGGGUCGCGAUGGACGGUCUGGACCUGCUUCCUGAGCAAGGUUUCGCGCAGUUCGAGCUGUUCACUGGGCGGCGAGCACCCCGUCGUCUCAUGAGACGCGAGGUCUUCAAGGCCUAUCCUGAUGAUCCUUACGGGUAUGGACGAGGACGGUCCAAUUUGGCACAGCUUCAACCUCGACUCAACAAUAUUGUUGCACAGGUGCCCUGA